AUGGUCUACUCUGAACCCCAUACCGAUGUCGCCACAAUUCUAUCCGGAGACCUUACGGAGACCUUACUUUUCCAUCGGAGCCAACCAACUUCUUCCGCCAAAAUCCAAGCACGAACCGGGUCUAGAAUUCAAUCGAAAGUUGGGAAUCGACGGAUUGGCUGGAGGGAAUUAAGCUUGGGACAAAUAGGAAAAUGGUCUGAUGAGACAUUGUCGUAA